UUUAAAAUGUCUCUGCCACGUUUUUUAACGAGGGAUUUUUUUUCCACACUGGCAGACUCCAUAAAUAACGCAAACGAAAAAUACUUCCAAGAAGUUCACGAAUGUCAGACCCCCGUAAAACUCCUCUGUCUUCAGCAAUCGUGUAUUGCUGACAACAAAUACCUAAUUGAAACACUCGACGGAUCCGUUCCCGUAGAAUAUAAACACACCUGUUUAGCACUAGUUCCUCUCACACCUGACGGAGAUCGACAAUUAAUAGGGAAGGUCAUCAGUUUUACACAGUAUAAAGUGGCGCCUACCAAAUCACGAUAUUUGGUUGUUUUGACUAGGAUUUCAGUAGUUCCGGGGGAUUAUAGGCAUUUGAUUGGUCACCUCGUACCCGCCUUGAUCUAUCAUCCACGCUUGGCGGUGGUUCAGGACGAUAACAUCAAAAAUACAAUGCCAGAACUAAAUUCGCCAGUGUCAGGACCGGUGAGAAAACAGGAAAACAGUAGAACUGUAAAAACGAUCUCUAACCCGUAUGAUCCGCCGGUGAAUAAGACAAAGAAGGAUGUUCCGUUGACAAAAAUAUCAGAUUUGACCCUGUAUACUCCAAAAUGGUCAAUAAGAGCAAGAGUAGUUUUCAAGUCUGAAAUCAGAAAAUUCAAUAACCAAAGAGGAGAAAGUCAGUUAUUUUCAGUAGAUUUGUGUGAUUCUAACGGCGAGAUCCGCGCAGUGUUCUUUGGAGAAUCAGUGAACAAGUGGUACUCAUUUCUUGAGGAAGGACAGGUUUAUUCCAUAAGUGGAGGACAACUGAAGCCUGCAAAUAAGAGGUUCAAUAAUUUGAAACACACGUGUGAAUUGAUCUUGGAUGAGAGCUCCCAUAUCCAGUUGUUCCAAAACGAUGAGUCUAUACCUUCAUUCUGUUAUUCAUUUACACCGCUCGACCAACUCCAGGAUGUCAAAUCUGGAGAAACAAUUGAUGUUAUAGCCAUAGUGGUAACAGCCAAGGAUGUACAAAAAAUAAACAACAAGUCUACUGGAAACAACGUUGAGAAGAGGGACUUUCUACUUUGUGACUCAACAAAUACUACAGUGUGGGUCACCAGUUGGGGUCAGAAAACGCAGCUUUUCAACUAUCAAGGCGAAAACUCGCAUCCGUUGGUCUGUUUAAAGGGAGUAAAGGUGGGAGAGUGGCAAGGGAAGAAACUGGAUGUCCAAGGCUCAACACAAGUUAUCUGUGAGCCAGUGAUACCUGAGGCACUCAAGUUGAGAAAAUGGUGGAAUGAGAACUCUCAGAACGUUAAUUUUCAACAAGAAGUUUCUAAAACCACCAAUAGCACCUUUAACAAACUUUGUACCAUAUCACACAUAAUAUCUUCAACGAACCAAGGACUCCAAUUCAAAUCAAUUGACUCGAACGGGAUGGUCUUCACCACGAGAGCAUUGAUUGAGGUGUUGAAGGAUACAAACUUCUGCUUCCCGUCUUGCACCGGAUGCCGUAAGAAAAUGACAAAUGAUCAAGGGAUCUGGUAUUGCCCCAAGUGCAAUAGUAGCACGAACCCAGUGCAUCUGUACAUCCUCAACAUUAAAAUUGUGGAUGAGACGUCCCACAUAUGGGCAACGGCAAUGUCAGAUGUGGGAGAGAGCAUCAUGGGAAUAAAGGCAUACAAAUUGAUAAAACUCAUGGAAAACGGACCGUCGGACGAGAACGAAAAGAAUUUCGUAAACUAUUUUGAAGACGCCAGACUGACGGAGUAUAUUUUUAAAAUUAAGGCUACCGUUGAGAAUUUUAUGGAUGAGCCCAGGAUAAAAUACAGAGUAUUGAGGGCGACACCACUUGAAAAGGAACUGGACCUAGCUAUCAAAGAUAGAAUAGAAAACAUCAAAAAACUAAUUCCGUGAGGAAUCCUGUACGAUAAUUGUUAAUGUUGUUUCAACUGUU